GUCAAACUUUGACUUUUAAUUUCAACGUCGACUCGGAUACUUUUGUGGUUACUAUCAGGUACGACUUGAAACUUUCGAUGAUGGCUUCCUCGCCUCAGAAGUCUCCGUCCUCUCCGAAAUCACCGACUCCCAAAUCCCCGUCGUCCCGGAAGAAAGACGAUUCUUUCCUGGGAAAACUUGGAGGAACUUUGGCCAGAAGGAAGAAAGCUAAAGAAGUGUCUGAGCUUCAGGAAGAGGGAAUAAACGCCAUCAACCUUCCUCUCAGUCCUUCUCACUAUGAACUGGAUCCAGAGGACACCAUGCUGGAGGAGAAUGAAGUGCGCACCAUGGUGGAUCCAAACUCCAAGAGUGACCGAAAGCUGCAGGAGCUCAUGAAGGUGUUGAUCGACUGGAUAAACGAUGUUUUAGUCGGAGAGAGGAUCAUCGUGAAGGAUCUGGCUGAAGAUCUGUAUGAUGGGCAGGUCCUCCAGAAACUCCUCGAAAAGCUGGAGGGUGAGAAGCUCAAUGUGGCAGAGGUAACGCAGUCGGAGAUCGCCCAGAAGCAGAAGCUCCAGACGGUUCUAGAACGCAUCAGCGACUCACUCAAACUCUCCACCAGGAACAUUCGCUGGAAUGUUGAUUCUGUCCACGCCAAGAGUAUAGUCGCCAUCCUGCACCUGCUGGUGGCGCUGUCGCAGCACUUCAGAGCACCCAUCAGGUUGCCCGACCACGUUUCCAUUCAAGUGGUGGUCGUCCAGAAAAGAGAGGGCAUCCUUCAAUCCAGACAAAUUCAAGAAGAAAUUACAGGCAACACAGAGGCUUUCUCUGGGAGACACGAGCGCGACGCUUUUGACACCCUGUUUGACCAUGCGCCAGACAAGCUAAAUGUUGUCAAAAAGACACUCAUCACAUUUGUGAACAAACACCUGAACAAGCUCAACCUAGAGGUGUCCGAAUUGGACACGCAGUUUGCAGACGGCGUUUACCUGGUGUUGCUGAUGGGCCUUCUGGAGGGAUACUUUGUUCCACUCUACAACUUCUUUCUCACACCAGAAAAUUUUGACCAAAAGGUGCACAACGUGUCCUUCUCCUUUGAACUGAUGCAGGACGGAGGCCUGGAGAGACCAAAACCCCGACCAGAGGAUAUAGUCAACUGUGACCUUAAAUCAACACUGCGUGUCCUCUACAACCUCUUCAGCAGGUACAGAAAUGUAGACUGAACACCAGCACUGAGGAAUCCUCACUACGGGAUCACAAACGCUCCACCACUUAGGAAUCUGUUUUUAUCUAAAUGCAUGC